AUGGCCCCAAUUUCAGAACCCUCACACACUUUCCAGAAGCUCAAACUCGACACUUCGACGCCCCAUAAACCCAUCGCCUCAACCUUUGCAUCUUUCGCGCCUCUAGCCCGUAAACAGUCCCCGCACAACCACCAUGGCCAGUCCCAGCUAACUGCCGGAUUUGCUGCUGCAGAACCGCUGAACAUCUCGCGCGGUCCCUACAACAAGCGUGACCACCAUGGCGCCCACUCGCGCACUGAAUCCGACGAUGAGGGGUCCCUCGCAGUGGGCAGCAGCGGAAGCGACGAGGACUUCGUAGCCAAAUUCAGGCAACGCAAGACGAGCAUUAGUUUCAACAAUGAGGUUCGGCUCGACACGGGAGAGGGCGUUGGCCUAGGGGUGCCCGUGCCCAAGUCUUCACGGCAGUCGCAUUCACGCACGACCGAGAGUGGAAGCUACUCAGAUGGCUCACAGCAAGACUACAUGGAAAUGCCCUACACCAUGCGUAGAAACAUGCAGUACCGCGUUGGAGAGCCCCGGUACCCCCUUGCCCAAACCACCGUCGACGACCUUGCCCACGACUCCGAGUACCGCGAUCAGGUCGCAUCCUUGACUUCUGAUGCCACCGCUUCGCCGCCGUUAGACGAGGCCCAAACUCCCCUCGAGACGCCCUCCGAGUACAUGCUUUCGCCAAUGCCCGCCACGUCCCCUAUGGAGUUCCCGCUAUUCUCGCCCUCCCCUCGGCGCGUGGGCCCACCUCGGACCAAGAGCUGGAGAUCGGAGAUUGGCGAAGACGGCAGCCUCAAGAGGGCUAGUCGUCGAUCCUCUGCCCGCUCUGGUCGGUCACUUUCGUCCAUGUCGCCGGCUGCCUCCUUCCUGGCGCGCUACAAAGCCACCGAGGCCCCUAUCAAAGCACCUGAGCCAGAUGAUGAAGGCCAAGGCAUCGGGUACGACAGCGAGUACAUUAUUGGAAAGCAGAUUGGCUAUGGCGGCUUUAGCGUUGUCAAGGAGGUCACAAGCAUGGAGAAUGGGAAGCCUGUCACCGAUGCUGUCAAGAUUGUGCGCAAGUUGCAACAGGACAAAUCAGAACUUGAGAACGAACAAAUUCAGACACAAUUCGAUCACGAGGUGGAGAUCUGGCGCUUCCUGCGUCACCCUUAUAUUCUUCCUCUCCUGAGGGUUUACACCACCGACUACGCUACCUUCUGCAUCACUAGAUUGAAUAAGGGUGGAACUCUUUUCGACUUGAUCCGCGACACACGCCGCCUCAAGAAGAAUGGUCUGCCAGCUCACUUGGUGAAGCGCUACGCGUACCAGCUAGCAUCGGCUAUGCGCUACCUGCACAACGACGUUCAGGUCGUACACCGCGACAUCAAGCUCGAGAACUGCCUUCUUGAUAUGACGGUAGCUGAUGCUGAGAGGGACGGCGGCGAUCUUCUGCUUUGCGAUUUCGGCAUGGCAGACUUUAUUGUUAGCGACCAGCGUGACGGCCCCGAGCCCCACUCGAUUGGUGAAAAUCAGAACAUAGGCCCCGCAGAGACUAGCACGUCUAUCGCCGGCAGUCUGCAAUAUGCGGCUCCUGAGCUGUUCAACGCAACUGGGCCAGUCUUCUCCCCUGCGGCGGACAUUUGGGCGUUUGGUGUAGUUGUGUUCGCUCUACUUACCGCGACUCUACCUUUCAAUGACGGUCUGGACAUCAAGACGAUCGAGAAGAUCCGAAAUUGCGAGUGGGAUGCGGAGCUCGUCCGUAAUGCAGAGGCAGCCCAAGUAAGCAACAUCGACGACGCCCUCGCACUUGUCAGGGGCUGUCUCGAGGUCGAUGUUGAAAAGCGCUGGAAUGUCCAUGACAUUUUGGAGUGCGCGUGGCUGCGCGAAUGCGAGCAACGCUUCGAGCAUGUGGUUCGCCCUUGGGUCGCUGAGUCAUGA